AAUGACGAAAGCGGAAGCGUCAAAAACAGCGCUGCUUCGCGAAACAUUUUAACUUGACACAAACUCUACAGCCAGAAUGCGCCGCUGAUUCACCAAACACUCAUCUACGUCACCGCGGGAGACCAAGCUGCGAAUAUGACAAAUGUGUACUCCUUUGACGGGAUCGUAGUGUUUGGGCUGCUGCUCAUCUGCACCUGUGCGUAUCUGAAAAAAGUCCCUCGGAUCAACCACUGGCUGCUGUCAGAGAAGAAGGGAGUGUGGGGCGUGUUUUACAAAGCUGCAGUGAUCGGGACUCGUCUUCACAUCCCUGUGGCUCUCUCCUGUUUCUUCAUGGCCUUUUAUGUCAUGUUCCUCAAAUGAUGAACACUGCAGACUCUGAAUCUGAACUGUAGGGGGUGCUGUUCGGACUGGACUUAAACCACAGCAUCUUGAUUCAAUGGGGCACCCCUGGGACCUCUUAAAAAGACGAGAGAGGAGAGUGCUGCUCCCUCUACUGGUGACCGGCGACACUACAUCUUCAGCAGUGAGAGUGGAUUUACAGACAUGAACAUGUUUUUCCCCUUUCAGAGCUGUUGGAUAAUACCUUUAAACACCAUAUCCUUUUGAAAGCUGUGCUGUGAAACGUUUUUGUAGGGUUAGCUAUCUGCUUGUCGUCACGCAGAUGUUAUUGCUUUGCCUAGAAUGUUCCACAGUAUGGCAUUAAAUCUAUGUGUUUUCAUUGUUCACCUUGGAAAACAUGUGUUCUUACUGUGAGCUGGCUCGCCUCUCCACAGAUCUGGCCUGUAAAGUCGGCAGGUAGCGUCACAUGCUUGUCACCAUGGAGAUUAGGGUUGUCAAAAUAAUGGAAAAUCAGAAACUAAUCGUCACUAAAACUAGUAUAGAAACUACAUACUCAUUUGAGCAAGUGUCGAUGCUAAACAGUCCCAUUCACAGGACAGAGAUGGUACCGAUUAUUGAGUUUGAAAUUUCUGUCUCGUGAUGACACUAAAGCAUGUGGCAGAAACUUCUCCAGAAAGGUUACACAGCGCAGCUUUAACAGAGCAAAAGUCCUCCAUGUUUGUGAUUUGAAAACUUUUACAUAAACUUUCUUCUCAAAAAAUCUUUUUAACGACACAAACCCAGGUAUUAUUAUAAACUAGAGCAAAAGAAAACCAGGACUUAACCAGAUUUGAGCCAGGACUGAGCCAGGACUGAGCCAGGACUGAGCCAGGACUGAGCCAGGACUGAGCCAGGACUGAGCCAGGACUGAGCCAGGACUGAGCCAGGACUGAGCCAGGACUGAGCCAGGACUGAGCCAGGACUGAGCCAGGACUGAGCCAGGACUGAGCCAGGACUGAGCCAGGACUGAGCCAGAUCCAGCUUACUGCUAUAAUUGAUAAUAAAUUGGGACUGAACCAAGACUAAACCGGAUCUAAACCAGGUCUAAAUCUGGACUAAACCCACUGUUCUAAUAGUGCGUUCAUCGUUCACAUUUGCACCACGUCGAAAGCCAGUAAAAUUGGGUCUAAACCUGGACUAAACUUGGAUCUAAACCUGUACUAGACCAGGACCAAACCAAGUCUACUGCUACUACUACUGCUACUUUAACUUCUUAACAUUUGUUGUCUGCCCCACAUUCAGUCACAUUAGUCUCGUAAAAUGGAGGCUUGCAUAUGUGCGCUCGGUCUCAUUGUAGAAAAGUAAAUAUAUGUAAAGUUUGUCUAAUAUAUAUCUUAUUCUGAUUUGAUGCAGUUUUUUCCUGAAAUGGUUGACAUCAGAAACACUUUGCACAGUUUAACACACAGAACAGUUCUUGUCUCUUACUGCCAUUGUAGUACAGGAAAUCAAACAUAAUAAUAAUGAGAAUAUGUGAGUCUUUAGUGUAAUUUAAACCUGAUGUAAUGCCAAAUCUGACGGUCUGUUUUGAUCACACCAAAUGCUGUUAUUUUCACUUUCACUUCUUUAAACUGAGAAUGAGGGUCCAAUGCAAUUUGAAUUAAAGUGUUUUCCAAAUGUUU